AAAAUGAAUGUAGAUGUUGUGGUGGUGGGUGGAGGUAUAUCGGGACUGACUGCUGCCUAUCAGCUUCAUAAAAAGGAUUCAUCUUUACAGAUUGUUGUGUUAGAGGCCAAAAGUAACUAACCCAGUAAAGACAAAGUUGGUGGACGAACAUUAACGUUACCCUUAAAAGCAGCAGAUGGAACAGAUAAUUUUGACCUUGGAGGCCAGUGGGUUGGAAGGUCCCAGCCCCACAUUAUUGCCCUGUUGGAGGAGUUGGGACUGUCCACACAUGUCCAGUAUCUGGAGGGAAAGAAGUUUAUGCAGCUGGGAAGUGACAAAAUUAGCAGCUAUAGCUCAGAUAUCCCCUCGCUGUCCCCACUAGCACUGAUUGAUCUUCAGAAGUUAAUGUUCAAGCUGGAGUGGAUGAGAAAGCAAGUUGAUAUCCGGGAUCCAUACCAGAGUCCGUAUGGAGCUGAGUGGGAUUCCAUGACCAUGGACACAUUUAUCAAUAAACAACUUUGGACUAAAGGUGCCAAAGAUUCUAUUGAGUCGGCCUGUCGUUGUGUGCUUGGUGUGGAGUUAUCACAGAUUUCUGUACUAUACUUUAUAAGUUACGUGAGUGCUGCUGGCGGUCUGAAGAAUCUUGUAGAGGCCACAGAAUACACAGCACAGGAAUAUAAAAUUGUGGGAGGAGCCCAGCAGAUCAGUCAGAAGUUAGCAGCUUCCCUCCCUCCUUCUUGUGUUCAGCUACAACAACCUGUCAGCAAAAUCAGACAGCAGGAAAAUGGAGUGUUUGUGACAACAGAGAAGGGGGAUGUGUACAGUUGUGACAGAUUAGUCCUGGCUAUUCCACCCAACAUGACAAAAAGGAUACAGUUUGAUCCUAUCUUACCUUUCAGUAGACGAGAACUAACGAAGAGAAUGCCUGCUGGAGAUCUGACCAAAAUCAUUGUCACUUACAGAGAAGCAUUCUGGAGGAAAGCAGGUUUAUCAGGAGAAUUUGUAACAAAUGGUGGACCUAGUGUGUCAACUGAAUGUGACAGGGGACCACUCUGUAUUGUGUAUGAUGCCACAUCAGCCAGAGGAAAUGCUGCCAUUGUAGCUUUUCUGGGAGGGGCACCUGCCAUACAGUGGAGAAAUCAAAAGGAAGAAGACAGGAGAUCUGCAGUGUUAAAAUCCCUAUCAGAUUUCCUAGGACCUGAGGCUCUGAACUAUCUUGACUAUGCAGAAAAGGACUGGGGUGUGGAGCCCUACAAUGAGGGCAGCCCUGUGUGUACUGUGGGGCCAGGGGCAAUGGCUUAUUUUUCCAAGGGUCUGAGACUGCCAUUUAAUAGGAUUCAUUUUGCUGGGUCAGAAUCAGCAACUGCUUGGUGUGGAUAUAUGAGUGGUGCUGUCCAGUCAGGACUUAGAGCUGCCAAUGAGGUUCUCUUUCGACUUCGACCUCAGGCUGUGUCUGCCCAAGAGCUUGCUUCUACAGCCUAUGGACCCUCCAGUUUCUUGCCACCACAAACAAAACCAAGGAGAAGCAAAUCAAGGACAUUUGUCAAGGUCACUCUUGGAUUGGGAGUUGUGGUUGCCAUAGUGAUUAUGGGAAAAAAAUUGGCCAGCAGUCUUAAUGAAAAGUAAAUAAAACGAGACAAUUGCAAACUUACAAUGGAUCAUUUUAUGUUUUCUGCACUAACACUGUAAUUGUAUACAGGGUGUAUUCUUCUCAUAAACCAAUCAGUGACUUUAAUUAAGUCCCAAAAUCUCACAAAAUGCAUUGUUCUUAAAUUGCCCCAGUUUUUCCUCAGGUUUACAGAAUCAGUUUCAAGAGUCGUUAUUCUGUAAAGCUGUGACUUAUUCUUCAUUAAUGUUUUAAUUAUAUGAACUUUUAUUCCUAUGAGUAUUAAGCAAUAACCCAUCUUUCAGGAAGUGUGUUGUUUUGUGCAAGAUUUUGGUAUGUGUAUUAAAAAGAUGACAGGAAUGACAUGUCUUUUGAUUGUGCCAAAUUUUUAUUAGAUUGUCCAUUUUGUAAAUACAUGUAUAUAAAAAACAUGAUAACAUUCCAGCUUUGAUUUUUACAAUCAAUCAGGUUGACCUUAUCUAGGGUUUAUACAUAAACUAUUAUUUUAAUGACAAUGUUGUUCCAACUUUUGUACCAGGUUUUUGUUUUUUUUUUGUUUUUGUUUUUGUAUCUGUUUGUGCCAU